GACUACGCUGCCGACCUGCAGGCCUGCUCAGCCAUAAUCCGAGGAGACAUGGAGGGUCUGGAGAGGGAGCAGCUCAGCCUCCUGUUGAAGACCAAGAAGAAGCAGAAGCUGCUUUCAGAGGAGUUCUACCACAACGUAACUCAGGACUGUCAGAGGUACGUUGCAGACAGAGGGUUCAUCACCGUUCCUCUGAGCCAGGAGGAAAAGGAGUUCCCCAUCGCCUACUCCAUGGUCAUCCACGAGAAGAUUGAGAUGUUUGAGAGGCUCCUGCGUGCUUUGUACACUCCUCAGAACGUCUACUGCGUCCACAUCGACCAGAAAUCAUCCGAGGACUUCAGGAGUGCAGUGAGAGCUAUCGUGUCCUGCCUACCCAAUGUGUUUGUGGCCAGUAAGAUAGAGAGCGUGAUCUACGCCUCCUGGUCCAGAGUGCAGGCUGACCUGAACUGCAUGGAGGACCUGCUAAAGUCACCUGUCCAGUGGAGGUACCUUCUCAACACCUGUGGAACCGACUUCCCCAUUAAGACCAACGCUGAGAUGGUUCAGGCCUUCAAGCUGCUGAACGGAAAGAACAGCAUGGAGUCAGAGGUCACCAACGGCUACAAGAAGGGCAGAUGGCAGUUCCACCACAACGUCACGGAUACAGUAGUCAGGACAGAGGUUAAGAAGACCCCUCCACCAAUCAACACCCCCAUGUUCUCUGGCAACGCCUACUUCGUGGUAUCCAGAGCCUUCGUCCAUCACGUGAUGAAGAGUCAGGAGGUCCGGGUUCUGCUGGAGUGGGAGAAGGACACCUAUAGUCCUGAUGAACACCUGUGGGCCACUCUGCAGCGCAUGCCCGCUGUCCCAGGCUCCAACCCCUCCAACAGUAAGUACCAGCAGUCUGAUAUGAACUCCAUAGCCAGGGUAGUGAGGUGGAGCUACCUGGCUGGGGAUGUGAGGAGCGGAGCCCCCUACCCCCACUGCUCCGGGACCUACAGGAGAGCUGUGUGUGUCUAUGGAGGAGACCUGCAGUGGCUCCUAAACCAACACCACCUUAUCGCUAACAAGUUUGACCCCGAGGUGGAUGAUGUGGCGAUCAGGUGUCUGGAGUCAUACCUGCGCUUUAAAGCAACACACCGUGUAUCAGUAAGGACAGUGGAAUCUGGGAAUAUCUUACAAAAACUAUGAAAGGUUGUAAAUACAAUCGUGUAGCUGUUUUUACCCCUUUAACUCUAUUCUCAAACGGCUAGAGUGUGUUUUAUUUCUGAUUUAUACUGUGUAUUUCUGAUGUUAAUGUAAGAGGGUUGUAAAUAAAAUGAUGUAGUUUUUCUUAGACGUUGUGAUUGCUAUGAAUAUUCCAGACAUACACCCUCCUGUAGUCUUUAAUUAGUACUGCAUCUAGUCCAAUGACUAGUUUCACUGAACACAUCAAUUCUGUAACAGUUAUACCAUCGUUAUUAAAAUCAGACAUUUUACCCACAUGUUCAGAUUCAUUUAUCCAUGUUGACUUCAUCUACCUGUAUGAUCAGUCAUAAUUUACCCAUAUUUACAGACAUUUCAAACCAUGUGAAUGAAGUUAAAAGGAAUGAUGUAAUGCUUUUCUUCACCAUCCUAUCAAACCUGAUCGACUGGUUGAUCUCCAAAUCAUUUCGAUCCACUCUCCAAACAUUUGUUUUGUCUCACACUGUUGCUGGUAGAUGAUUCACCUGUCCUGUGUACCGGGUAGUCAAAUUGUUGUCUGAUUUUGAACCAUUUCAUGUGUCUGAAGGUUCUAACGCUGGCCAAUCGGAUGGAUCAGAUGACCAUGUCUGCAGUAAUGUAGCAGGUAUCAAAGGAAGCUACAGCAAAGCUGAUACAGUGAGAUUUCAAACCAUGACUAGAGAGAGACUGUCAACGAAUACAGCCAAGAGCGGCUGGUUUUAUGUUUUUCUUACUCAGCACUGUAAACACUUUUAUAAGC